CCAUGGAAGAGAGUAGAAUUUUGCCACUUUUUUUUGAAGUUGAUCCUACUGAUGUUCGAUAUCAGAAGAGGAGUUUCGAAGAAGCUUUCUCUAAGCACGAUACCUCUGGGCGACAUGAAUCAGAGAAGGUGGAGCAAUGGAGAGCUGCUCUAGAAAAAGUGGCCAAUAUCUCAGGGUGGAAUACAAAUGAUUUCAAGACUCACAGUGAACUUGUUGACAAGAUAGUGGAAUCUCUCCGCCGUAAAGUACCACCUGAUGCAAUUGAAUUCACAGAUGAUUUCCAAGCAUUUGGAGCAACAAAAGAAGCGACAGACAAGGUUAUGAAGGCGCUAACAGAUGACAAGAUUACUGCCGUUGGUGUCUAUGGCAUGGGUGGCGUUGGAAAGACAAGCAUGGUGAGACAUGUAGCUGCACAAGCCUGCAGAAAUGGUUUUUUUAACCAUUGGAUUAUGGGUGUUGUAUCCCAAAACCUUGACUUGGCAAAAGUUCAAGGUACAUUGGCAGAUUUGUUGGGCUUUAAAUUCGUGGAGGAUACAGAAGCUGGAAGAGCCGUUAGGUUGCAUAAGGAGAUCAUGAGAAAGGACAAACUCCUAAUAAUUGUGGACGAUGUUUGGGAGAGAACAGAGUUGUCAAAGAUAGGGAUUCCCACCUACAAUGAGCUUCAAAAGUGCAAGUCCAAAGUGCUACUCACCACCAGGAGAUUGAACGUCUGUAAUGCCAUGAAGUGCCAUGAAAAGAUCAGCCUCAAAGUUCUCUCAGAUCAAGAUUCUUGGACCUUGUUCGUGAGAAAUGCAGGAACAAUUUCUUUGGAGCCCACCUCAUUUGAGAAAGUGGCAAGGAGGGUAGCUUUAGAGUGUAAGGGUCUACCGAUUGCAUUGAUAGCUGUUGCAAGGGCACUCGGAGAUGAGGACCAGGAGGAAUGGGAGAAGGCAGCUGAACGACUAGAGCAGUCGCAAUAUGUCAAUCCCAACCAUGAGGAAGAUGAGGAAAAUGCGUUCAGUUGUAUACGAUUAAGCUAUGAUUACUUGAAAAAUGAAGACCACAAGUCAUGCUUCUUGCUCUGUUGCCUGUUCCCAGAAGACCAUGACAUCGAAAUAGAAGACUUGUUCCGGUACGCGAUCGGAAAAAGAUUGUUUCGAGAUGCGAAAACAAUGAAAGAAGCCAGAGGAAAAUUAGUUACAGUGGUCAAGUACCUGAAAAAUUCUAGCUUGCUUUUGGAAAGUGAGAAAGGACGUGUUAAGAUGCAUGAUGUCAUCCGGGAUACAGCCAUUCAAAUUGCCGAAUCUGAAGAUUGCCAUCGGUUUUUGGUGGAAGCUGGUCGUGGUUUAAAGGAUUGGGGGCCGCACGGAUUACAUGAAGGCUGCACUGCUAUUUCACUAAUGAGGAGCGAAAUUCACAAGCUACCCGAAGAAGAGUUGGUAUGUCCAAAUCUCCAGAUUUUAUUGCUAAACAGGAAUUAUGAACUAGAUGAGAUCCCCGAAAAGUUGAUCCAGAAUCUGAAAGAGUUAAGGGUCUUGGAUCUUAGUAACACUAAUAUUUCUGUAUUACCCCAAUCAUUUAGUCUCCUCACCAACCUCCUAGCUUUGUAUUUAGAUGAUUGCGACGAAUUAAUUGACAUUUCCGUUGUGGGGAAACUUAACAAGCUUGAAAUUCUUAGUAUGAGAAAUUGUAACGGGGGGCAAUUGUCGAGAGAAAUAGGACAUUUGACCAAUCUAAGGAUUUUGGACGUCAAUUGCAAUUGGCUACAAAAGCUGAAAGGAGGAAUGGUUACAAUUCCAUCUGAAGUGAUAUCAAAGUUGCAUAAAUUAGAAGAAUUGUACAUGGUGUACUGUGGAUUUGAGGACGGGCGGUGUGUAGCUGAGAAACCAGAAGAAGAAACCAAUAUUGUUAGGUUUGAUGAGUUAGCUGGUUUAUCAAAUUUGAAAAUAUUGCAGGUUGGCUUAUCCGAUAAAAGUUUCAUCCCUAAAAAUGUUGAGGUCGCACCAGAUUGGGAUUACUUUUGUAUUAGUGUCUUCGGCAGAUGCGCCAGCUCUGGAUUCGGCUCCGGAUUCGGCUCCGGUAAAUACAAACAAGGAGAUCAUAAUUCAAGAUCCUUGUUUCUUAAUGGAGCAACCAUCAGUACCUUGCCUGAUUGGUUUAUCGAAGCAGUGACAGAGAAAACAGAGAAGCUAGAGUAUUACUGCUGCAGAGGGAUGAGAGACAUUGUUAUGGAAUAUGACCAUGGGAGGUUACAUAAACUCAAGCAUUUGACAGUUGCUGGGAAAUUAAGCAUUUCACAGUACUUGAAAGAGUUGAUGAACACAACAAGACGAGUUGAAACAGGACCCGUGUUUGAGAAUUUGGAAGAGCUGCGUCUGAUAAAUCUGAUCCAACUGGAGGAGUUGUGUGUUGGUGAGUUACCACCUGGGUCUCUCUCAAAUCUCAAGGUGUUUUAUGUGCGUUUUGGUAUAUUUUUGAAGAGUGUAUCAAAAUUUGUACAGAGACUACCAAAUCUGGAGAAACUAGUUUUAAAAACUGUAUAUAAAUUGGAAUAUGUGUUCAGAUGCGAAGGGGUCAAGCCAGAACAAGCAAAACUGAGAGAGAUGCAUUUGUUGUCUCUAAGAGCACUAAAAAGCGUAUGUAAUGGUCCUGCUCCACAUGCAAUGUUCCAGGGUCUUAAAAUUUUGACCAUUUACCGUUGCAAGCUGCUGCAAAGUCUGUUCGCAUCUGAUGUAGCUCAGUGUCUUGUUCAAUUGGAAGACCUUCUUGUAGAGUGGUGUCCUUUGUUGGAAAGAGUAAUGGAAGCAGUGAACAAGGAGAAGACUGUUCUACCAAAACUGAAGAAUUUGGUUUUGAAGAAUCUUCCUAUUUUGUAUGGUGCAAUUGCUGCCGUUGAUAUUGAGUGUCCUUCGUUGGAACACUUGAUGGUGGUGGAUUGCCCCAAGCUUUUAUUUUCAACCUCUUCCGAUCUCUUCGAAGCCUUCAAAAGCAGGAACCAAUUUUCAUUUUCAGCCUCCACUUCUGACCCAGUCCAACUCGAUGAUCCACAACUAUACCAAACUCUACGUGGCAGAUCAUCUAGGUUCCAAUAAUAUUGAAGUCUCUAGCUCAGCUCCAUUGCAGGAAGUAACCAAGUUCAACCCUAUUUCUUUGUCCAGCACUCGGAUACUAGAUGAGAGGGAAAGUACUGGAAGCUCCCCAGAAAGAAGGUUAGAGCUCAAAUCAAGAACCUCAAGAUGAGUCAAGGACAAGAAGCAGGAAGCAACACUUUGAUGUAGGGAAUUUUGGGAGAGAUUCAAGUGGGUGAGAUUUUCAAGUGCUAGUUUUGAUGAAGCAAAUGUAAUACCUUGUUUGAGUGUGAGGCCAUCGGAGGGCAAUGAGAUACGGGUGACCCAACCAGCCGCAUCGCAGUUGAUGCCUUGCCAGCGGCAACAGCCACUGGAAGUCCAGUUUAAGGAAGAGGGAGAAGAAAGAGCCAGAGCGAAGGACAAGAGAGAAGUAUGUUCAGUUGGGUUGCAUGCAUGGAUGAUACUAGCAGUACUACUCAGUAUGUAACAGAAUACGAUAAGAAAACGAAGGAAACAAUGAGGGAAUUGAUGAUCUAGACGUGGACAAGAUCUAGACGUGGACAACAACGAGCAUGAAACUGAAACCGCAGGGUCCCUUUCGUCAACUCCCUGGUUCUAUGUUCCUGCCGGGAUUGGGUUCACUGUAGUAUUCUGGGGAGUGUGGUUCAUUGAUUUUCAGCAAGACACGGAGAUAUGCAUACUUCUGUUUCAUAGAAAAGAUACAAGACAUGUUCUACGUGACGAUCGCUGUGUGUAUCAACAAGAUGAAGAGAAGGCUAGACCUGAAUUUGUAAUUACCCACUGUUGCUUGUUUUCAAUUGUGAAUUUGUGGCACCUGAAUCAACCCACACCUUCCUCUU